GUUACAUGCACCACAGAGUGCGAGCUUAGUUGCAUACUUCCACUUCGUUUAGAGUGUAAGGAACAGAAGAAGAAGAAUAUAUGAAAACAAUUUUCACAAAUAUAAAUAAAAUAAUAGUGUAAUUAAUUCAAAUCAAAGUAUUCUAUUCUAAAAUAUAUCCAUUUGAUGCCCCCGUCACAUACGUUCAUUCAAUCUAAGUGGAGUCUGUUUGUCGAAUAAAUCAUCAUGACUGAAAAUACCAUCAUCGAGGCUUACCAUAUUACGGAGACGAGGUUAGGUCAUCAUAAUAGGAUUGUCCAGCCCUUACUUACUGACUUGUAUCAGAUCACGAUGGCGUAUGCUUAUUGGAAAUCCGGAAAGACGAAGGAUUUUUCCGUCUUCGAUCUGUUCUUUCGGAAAAAUCCAUUCCAAGGAGAAUUUACAAUCUUCGCCGGUCUUGAAGAGAGUUUGAAGUUUCUGAAGCGCUUCCACUACUCAGAAAGUGAUAUCGAAUAUUUGCGGCAGACGCUUCCGGAUACAAUCGAUGAUGAAUUUUUCGAUUACCUGAGCAAAUUGAAUACCAACGACGUGACUUUAUAUGCUGUGGAGGAGGGUUCAGUCGUAUUUCCUAGAGUGCCGUUAAUGCGCAUUGAGGGUCCUUUGAUCAUAGUCCAACUUUUGGAGACUACAUUACUAACACUAGUUAACUAUGCUAGUUUGAUGGCAACAAAUGCAGCUAGGUACAGGAUGGCAGCUGGAGAUUUAAAAUUACUUGAAUUUGGAUUACGGAGAGCUCAAGGUCCAGACGGUGGUUUAUCAGCGUCAAAGUAUUCGUAUAUAGGUGGAUUUGAUGGUACGAGCAAUGUGUUAGCUGGGAAACUGUUCAACAUUCCGGUGAAGGGCACUCACGCACACUCUUACAUCACUUCGUUUACCGACUUGACAGAACUUAAAACAUGUAUGCUAAUACCAAAAGCUGGUGGUGAAUUCAGGAAUGUUUCUCAGCUAGCUAUAAGCUGGAGGCUAAAGCUGACCUCUCUAUUCAAAGUAGUCAGCAUGGAGGCAAGUGAUGGCGAAUUGGCUGCCUUCAUCUCCUUCGCUGUAGCCUUUCCAGAUGGUUUUAUGGCACUUGUCGAUACGUAUGAUGUCAAAAGGAGUGGUCUAUUGAAUUUCUGUGCUGUUGCUUUGGCACUGAAUGAUUUGGGAUAUCAGGCGAUAGGUAUCCGAAUCGAUAGUGGAGACUUAGCUUAUCUAUCCAAUGUGGCUAGACAAUUCUUCUUAGAAAUUAGUAAAAAAUACGACAUCCCUUGGUUUGCCGGACUCACGAUCAUGGCUUCAAACGAUAUCAAUGAAGAAACAAUCCUUAGUUUAAAUGAUCAAGGACAUAAGAUCGAUUGUUUUGGAAUUGGAACCCAUUUAGUUACCUGCCAGAGACAACCGGCACUAGGUUGUGUAUUUAAAAUGGUAGAAUUAAAUGGACAACCCAGAAUGAAACUAAGUCAGGACGUUGGAAAAGUAACCAUGCCAGGUCGCAAAGAUGUCUAUCGUCUGUAUAGCGAAAGCGGCGAUGCUUUGAUCGAUCUAUUACAAAAGUCUUCGGAGGAAGCUCCACAGGUUAACCAAAAAGUACUUUGUAGACAUCCGUUCGAGGAGUCAAAACGCGCUUAUGUAACGCCGUCAAAAGUGGAGAAAUUAUUAAGAAUUUACUGGAAGGACGGUCAAAUCAUAGAACCACUUCCCAACUUAUCGGAAAUACGAAAUAAAGUUCAAGCUUCGCUAAGAACUCUCAGACCGGAUAUUAAACGAAAUUUAAAUCCAACGCCAUUUAAAGUAGCUGUUAGUUAUAACUUAUACAAAUUUCUACACGACUUAUGGCUGCAGAACGCUCCGAUUGGCGAACUUUCAUAAACUGAAAAGUUUCCAUCUAAAUUAUAUACCAUUAAAUAAAUUAUGUAGCCAACAGUUGAAAGUUAUUCAAGCUUCAAAUAAUGAAAGAUAGUUUUGGUGUCUUCGAAAGUUAAGGAGAGCGGUGAAACCAAACAAAUGCAUUUGUCUGUGUUUUACAGUUCAAAAGAAAAUUUAUUAAUCUUAGUUACUAAAAUAUCUAAUAAUAAUAUUAUUGUUAUAAAAUGUAAUUGCUUUCUAUUAGAUGAGAUCUUGAUAUAUUAAAUAUUUUUUUAUCAGAA